GGCGCUCUCGUGUUCGGCGUCCGCAGACCUGCGCCUGCGCACUGUGGGCCGCGCCCCGCCCCCUGCCCCGCUGCCCUCUGCCGGCCGGCCGGCCCCUCCUCGGCCGCGAGCCCUCGUCCCGCUCAGCCGCCGCUCCGUCCCGCAGCAGCCUGCUCAGUGUCCGGCAGCAUGUUCAGCUGGGUAAGCAAGGAUGCCCGCCGCAAGAAGGAGCCGGAGCUCUUCCAGACGGUGGCCGAGGGGUUGCGGCUGCUGUACGCGCAGAAGCUGCUGCCGCUGGAGGAGCACUAUCGCUUCCACGAGUUCCACUCGCCCGCGCUGGAGGACGCUGACUUCGACAACAAGCCCAUGGUGCUCCUGGUCGGCCAGUACAGCACCGGCAAGACCACCUUCAUUCGCCACCUGAUCGAGCAGGACUUCCCGGGGAUGCGCAUCGGGCCGGAGCCCACCACCGACUCCUUCAUCGCGGUCAUGCACGGCCCCACCGAGGGCGUGGUGCCGGGCAACGCACUCGUCGUCGACCCGCGGCGCCCCUUCCGCAAGCUCAACGCCUUCGGCAACGCCUUCCUCAACAGGUUCAUGUGUGCACAACUGCCCAACCCGGUCCUGGACAGCAUCAGCAUCAUCGACACUCCCGGGAUCCUGUCUGGCGAGAAGCAGCGCAUCAGCCGAGGUUAUGACUUUGCUGCUGUCCUCGAGUGGUUUGCUGAGCGCGUGGACCGCAUCAUCCUACUUUUUGACGCCCACAAGCUGGACAUCUCAGACGAGUUCUCAGAAGUUAUCAAGGCCCUCAAAAAUCACGAGGACAAGAUCCGUGUGGUGCUGAACAAGGCGGACCAGAUUGAGACCCAGCAGCUGAUGAGAGUGUAUGGAGCUCUCAUGUGGUCGCUGGGGAAGAUCAUCAACACCCCCGAGGUGGUCCGGGUCUACAUUGGCUCCUUCUGGUCACACCCAUUGCUUAUCCCUGACAACCGGAAGCUCUUCGAGGCAGAGGAGCAGGACCUCUUCAAAGACAUCCAGUCUCUACCCAGAAAUGCUGCCCUUAGGAAGCUCAAUGACCUGAUCAAGCGGGCCAGGCUGGCCAAGGUCCAUGCCUACAUCAUCAGCUCCCUCAAGAAGGAGAUGCCCAAUGUCUUUGGGAAAGAGAGCAAGAAGAAAGAGCUGGUGAAUAACCUGGGAGAAAUCUACCAGAAAAUCGAGCGGGAACACCAGAUCUCCCCUGGCGACUUCCCGAGCCUGCGCAAGAUGCAGGAACUCCUGCAGACUCAGGACUUCAGCAAGUUCCAGGCCUUGAAGCCCAAGCUGCUAGAUACAGUGGAUGAUAUGCUGGCCAACGACAUAGCCCGGCUGAUGGUGAUGGUGCGCCAGGAGGAAUCCCUGAUGCCCUCACAGGCUGUGAAGGGCGGGGCUUUUGAUGGCACCAUGAAUGGGCCCUUUGGGCAUGGCUACGGAGAGGGGGCUGGCGAGGGCAUCGAUGAUGUUGAGUGGGUGGUUGGCAAGGACAAACCCACCUACGACGAGAUCUUCUAUACGCUGUCUCCUGUCAACGGCAAGAUCACUGGCGCCAACGCCAAGAAGGAGAUGGUGAAGUCCAAGCUGCCGAACACCGUGCUGGGGAAGAUCUGGAAGCUGGCUGACGUGGACAAGGACGGCCUGCUGGAUGAUGAGGAGUUUGCCCUGGCCAACCACCUUAUCAAGGUCAAGUUAGAGGGCCACGAGCUACCCGCUGACCUUCCUCCACAUCUCAUCCCACCCUCCAAACGGAGGCAUGAGUGACAGCUGUGCCUGACACACGCCCCCAAGCCCCAGGGCGCUGGCACUUUCUACCUGCCGGUGCCUAACCCACCCAUGUGGGCCUGGGCCUGAGCCUGGAGGGGCAGAGAUUUGGGGAGGGAAAGGGUCACCAUCUUUCAAGGUCCAUAAAGACUGAGCGGCGUUUCCUCAGCUCUUGAAUAGGAAAACCACCAUCUUUCUUUUAAAGCUGUCAGGGUUCAGCCGGGAAGCAUGGGUGAUGCUUGGAUGUGAAGAGUGGAUUUUGUGCACAAGAACCAUGGAUAUUUUUAAUAUA